CUGUCUAUAAGUAAAUCGCAUGGUCUCAAACAUCUAUCAACAAUCCUUCAUCACACAAUUCACAAUUGAUCAUUACUUACUCCAUGGAACUCCAAUCUUCAUCAUUAUUCCCAAUCCUUUUGUGCUUCGUCAUCAUUAUUUUCAUGGCCAUGAAAAUAGGGAAAAGAUCCAAAUCGAUCUCAAAACUACCUCCCGGGCCAUGGAAGCUACCUCUUAUAGGAAACCUUCACCAAAUGGUUGGCUCUCUACCCCACAUUGCUCUGCGUGAUUUGGCGAAGAAGUAUGGACCAUUUAUGUACAUACAACUUGGACAGGUUCCUACUAUUGUUGUUUCUUCAACAGAUUACGCGAAAGAAGUAAUGAAAACACAUGACGUUAAUUUUGCCAAAAGACCUUAUAGUCUUGCUGCGGAUAUCAUAUUCUAUAAUCUUAAAGAUAUUCUAUUUGCGCCAUAUGGAGAGUACUGGAAUCAAAUGCGUAAAAUAUGCACAGUGGAGGUCUUAAGUGGAAGAAGGGUUCAAGCGACUCGACCAGUCAGAGAAGAAGAGACAUUUGAGUUCAUUAAAUCCAUUUCUCUCAAGGCAAUGUCAAAAAUUAACCUCAGCCACAUGUUUAGUUCUUUAACAUUUGCAAUCACAUUUAAGGCAGCAUUUGGUGGGAAUAGCGAGAGGCAUGAAGCAUUUGUUCCCCUUUUAAGAGAAAUAAUAGAGGUCAUCGCAGGUUUCAGUCUAGGUGAUAUGUUCCCAGACAUAAAAUUCUUUCACAUGAUCAGUGGGAUGAGGACUCGACUUGAGAGAAUGCAUCAUGAAAUCGAUCAGAUACUUGAAAACAUAAUCAAUGAACAUAGACUUCACAGAUCAAGAAUUGAUUCUAGUGAUGCCGAUAAUAUUUUAGACAUUCUCUUGAAUCUUCAGGAACGUGGAGACUUUUCCUUUACAACAGACAACAUCAAAGCGGUUGUACUGGACAUUUUCUUGGCUGGGACUGAUACAUCCGCUACAAGUUUAGAAUGGGCAAUGUCAGAACUGCUAAAGAAUCCAAUAGUGAUGGCAAAGGCUCAAGCAGAGGUGAGGCGGGUCUUUGAUAAAAAAGGAUAUGUAGAUGAAGCAGCACUCGAAGAACUAGAAUUCUUGGCAGCGGUUAUCAAAGAAACUCUAAGGUUACACCCUCCAGCUCCAUUGUUAGCUCCAAGAGAAUGUAGAGAGAGAUGUCAGAUUAAUGGAUAUGAGAUACCUGAAAAAACCCACAUUCUCAUCAAUGCAUGGGUUAUUGGAAGAGAUCCCAACUAUUGGACUGAAGCAGAGAGAUUCUAUCCAGAGAGAUUCCUUGAUAGCUCAAUUGACUACAAGGGGAAUAACUUUGAAUAUCUCCCAUUUGGUUCUGGAAGGAGGAUAUGUCCAGGAUUGACUUUUGGGAUAGCUAACACUAAGCUUCCGCUUGCACAAUUACUAUACCAUUUUGAUUGGAAACUCCCUGAAAACAUCAAACACGAAGAUCUAGAUAUGACUGAACGUCUUGGUAUUACAAUUGGAAGAAAAAAUGAUUUAGUCUUAGUUCCCAUUCCUUAUAAUUCCCCUGUUGUUGAUCAGGAAAACGAGUGAUGUUCACCUGUAUUACAACAUUCUCGUUUGUUACCUUACAUUGAGUAAGUAGUCAAGUCUAUGGGUAUGUUGGAUUGUUGUGCUUUGAAUAAUCUUAGGAGAUUACGUAUGAGAGCUGUUAUUUUACAGUUGCAUAACCUUGAGUUUGAAGUUAUGUGUUUUCUUUCGCUUGCUUGUAUGAGAUGUCUUUCUGAAAGAUUGCUUGAAUAAAAUAAACUAACAUGUUUUUAGAUACCA